AUCAACAACAGAUAUGCCACUAUAUCUAAUAAUUUUGAUGUUGUGAUUUGGGCUGUGGCUUCUAAAGAUUUGAAACUCGAGAAGAUUCAAGACCAGAUUUGGGAAAAAAUUGGCAUUUCUGAUGAGAAAUGGAAAAAGAAAAGCUUCCGUGAGAAAGCGGAUGACAUAUUCCAUGUACUAAGCAGAAAGAAAUUUGUAUUAUUGUUAGAUGACAUAUGGCAGCGUGUUGACCUUGAAGAAAUUGGGGUUCCUUUUCCUACAAGACAAAACAGAUGCAAGAUAGUAUUCACAACACGCUCUUACAAAGUAGGCAGCCAAAUGAAAUCUGAAAAGAUGAUAGAAGUGAAACCUUUGGAUUGGGAAGAAGCUUGGGCAUUGUUUCAAAAGAAGGUAGGGGAUAUUGAUCUUGAUAUUGUUCCUCUGGCUCAAGAUGUUGCCAAAGAGUGUAGAGGAUUGCCAAUCGCUCUCAUUACCAUUGGUAGAGCCAUGGCCAGUAGAAUUACAAGGGAAGAAUGGAAGCAUGCUCUUAAGGCACUAAGAAGUUCUGUCUCAAGCCUACCAGUAAUGGAGGAUGAGGUAUUUCAAGAUAUGGAGGUUGAGUUAUCUGUACGAUUGAAAUUUAGUUAUGAUAGUGUGAGUAGUGAUAAAGUUAAAUCUUGUUUCUUAUAUUGUUCCUUAUUUCCGGAAGACUUUGAAAUUCCCAAACGUGAAUUGGUAGAUUAUUGGAUUUGUGAGAAUUAUGGUGAUCGCAAUGAAUCAUAUUCUAUAAUCGGUUCACUUGUUGGGGCAUGUUUAUUGGAAGAGCAAGGCUAA